GAGUGCCACAGCCUGCUUCCGGUGUCUGUGAAUCCUUCCCGAUUCCUUCUCCUUCCUCACUCCUGGCAUCACGAAAUAGUCUGCAACACCUGCUUGCACAGGGCCUAGAUCUAGAUUAGCUCUAUAUAAACAAAUCAUUGCACAAUUAGAGUGUACAACAUUUUGAGAGAUGGAUACAAGUAUCACCAUCAACAAAGACAAGCCAGCUCUGGCUGCUGUCUUAGUUGCUGAGUAUUUGACCUCCAACAAACUCACAGUCAAGUGGACCUUUGGUGAUGCUAACAAUCUGAAAGUCAAUAAGGAGGUGGCUUUUUUCAACUCAGCUUCAAUUUUGCGAUUUCUGGGACGUUCUUAUCCAAGCCUGAAUCUGUACGGCCAAGAUGCUCUUCAGAAGACCGAGGUGGACCACUGGCUCAACUUUGCGUACGGUCAGCUGUCCAGCACUACUGAUUACAAGAAUGCUGUUACUUACCUGGAUCAAGUCCUAAGACCAGCUACUUUUCUGGUUGGGCAGUCACUUACUCUUGCUGACUUUGCUGUGUGGGAAGUAUUACACCAAAACAGCCAGUGGCAGUCAUCUAAGGCUGCAGGUGAUGCUCCUGCCAAUGUGCUUCGUUUUUAUUCUCAUUUGACUUCUCAGAAAAUCUUUGGGGACGUGGCUGCUAAGUUUCCUGGAGCAGCAGUGAAAGAGAAGAAGGGCAGGACAGCUGAGCCCAAUAUCAAGAAGGAUGAAGGAAAGUUUGUGGAGUUGCCUGGUGCAGAGAUAGGGAAAGUUGUUGUGCGCUUUCCUCCCGAAGCCAGUGGGUACUUGCACGUCGGUCAUGCCAAGGCUGCACUUCUGAACCAGUACUACCGAGACACUUUCAAGGGAACCCUCAUUAUGCGUUUUGAUGAUACAAAUCCUGCCAAGGAAAAUGCAGAGUUUGAGAAGGUGAUCUUGAAAGAUUUGGAGAUGCUGGGCGUCAGCUAUGACAGGUUCAGCCAUACCUCUGAUCAUUUUGACUCUCUUUUGGGCUUCUGUGAGCACAUGUUGCGUGAUGGAACAGCUUAUGUUGAUGACACCGAGCCAGAGGUCAUGAAGAAAGAGAGGGAGGAGAGGGCGGAGUCUAAAAACAGAAGUAAUGAUGUUGCCAAAAAUCUUGCAAUGUGGGAGCAGAUGAAGAAGGGAACUGAGCAAGGCCAGAAGUGUUGUGUGAGAGCCAAGCUGAACAUGCAGUCUGACAAUGGCUGUAUGAGGGACCCAACGAUGUAUCGCUGCAAGAAUGAGUCCCAUGUCAGGACUGGCACCAAGUACAAGGUUUACCCAACCUACGAUUUUGCCUGCCCCAUAGUGGACAGUGUAGAGGGUGUCACUCAUGCUCUGCGUACCACAGAGUACCACGACAGAGAUGACCAGUAUUUCUGGUUCCUGGAAGCUCUUGGUUUGCGCAAGCCACAUAUCUAUGAGUACAGUCGGCUCAACUUGCAGAACACUGUGAUGUCGAAACGAAAGCUGACAUGGUUUGUUGCUGAGGGCCUUGUUGAGGGAUGGGAUGACCCCAGGUUCCCCACUGUACGUGGAGUUUUGAGAAGAGGAAUGACUGUGGAAGGUCUGAAGCAGUUCAUUAUCACACAGGGUUCCUCUCGAUCUGUGAAUAUGAUGGAAUGGGACAAGAUUUGGGCUUACAACAAGAAGGUGAUUGAUCCUGUGGUUCCUCGGUUCACUGCUCUUUUGGAGGCUGAUGUUGUCCAGGUGAACAUUGCUGGAGCAAAAGUGGAGUCAAAGGAUGUGGCCAAACAUCCAAAGAAUGCAGACAUUGGAAACAAAAAAGUGUGGUAUGGACCCAGAAUCUUCAUUGAUGGGGCUGACGCACUGGUGAUGAAAGAGGGAGAGGUUGUCACGUUCAUCAACUGGGGCAAUAUUGUGAUCAAGAAAAUAAACAAGGAUUCAAGUGGCAAAAUCUCCUCCAUCGAUGCUGAGUUGAAUCUCGAGAACACGGAUUAUAAGAAAACUCAAAAGAUCACAUGGUUAGCGGAGGCGGAGAAAGGGCCAUUCAUCCCAACGGUGUGCCUUCAGUAUGAUCACAUCAUUUCGAAGGGAGUUCUGGCCAAGGAUGAGGAUUUCAAACAGUACAUCAACAUGGACUCUAAGGCUGAAGAGGUGAUGCUUGGUGAUCCUUGCCUUGCUGAUUUGAAGAAAGGUGACAUUGUGCAGCUGCAGAGAAGAGGGUACUACAUCUGUGACCAGCCUUAUGUUCCAGUCAGUCCUCACACUGGCAGAGCCAGCCCCUGUGUUAUGAUCAACAUCCCUGAUGGACAUCAGAAGGAAAUGCCUAAAGGAGGAUCCAAGCAUAAGGAGUCCAGCCAGAAAGAGGCUGCUCAAAGCAGGAAAGGCAAGGCAGCUGAGAAGUCUCCCCAGGAGGAACAAGCCCCUGCCUCAGCCAGUUUCUCCGGUGCCAUUGACCUCAACAAUCAGAUUGUGGCACAGGGAGAUGUUGUGAGGAAACUCAAGGCUGAUAAGGCUAACAAGGACCAGGUUGAUUCUGCUGUCAAGGUACUUCUUGCCCUCAAGGCUGACUUCAAGGCCAAGACUGGCAAGGACUGGAAACCCGACAUAAUGUCUGGUGCUGGUGGUGAUGGAAAGAAAGUGAAGGAACUGAACGACGCCAUCACCACACAGGGAAACAAGAUCCGUGACCUGAAGUCGGAAAAGGCUGACAAGGCUAGUAUUGAGGCAGAAGUGAAAAAGCUCUUGAGUCUGAAAGCUGAAUUCAAAACCGCGAGUGGCAAGGACUGGAAACCUGGCAUGACCUUUUCGGAGGUCGCACCGGCUCAGGCAGCCACAGCACCAGCUGGGAAGCAGGCAGGUUCUGCCGCUGCAGAGUUGGAUGCCAAGAUAGUUGCUCAGGGGAACAAAGUGAGAGAGCUAAAGAGCGCCUAAAGACAAAGGAGCAAAAGACAAAAAAGGUGCAUCUGGAGAUGCUGCGGAUGAUGGCAAAAGAGAGGUGAAGAAGGUGACAAGACUUGGACUAGAGGCUCUCAAGGAAGAGAACUUGUCAGACUGGUAUUCUCAAGUGAUUACUAAGUCUGAACUGAUCGAGUACUAUGAUGUCAGCGGCUGCUACAUCCUCCGCCCAUGGUCUUUUGCCAUCUGGGAAACCAUCAAGGACCAAUUUGACACUGCCAUCAAAGAGAUGGGAGUAGAGAAUUGCUAUUUCCCCAUCUUUGUCUCUCAUAGUGCCUUGGAGAGAGAGAAGACCCAUAUAGAAGACUUUGCUCCUGAGGUCGCUUGGGUCACAAAGUCUGGACAAUCUGAACUUGCCGAGCCAAUUGCCAUCCGCCCCACCAGUGAAACAGUCAUGUAUCCGUCAUACGCAAAGUGGAUCAAGUCUCACCGAGAUCUUCCCCUCAGGCUCAACCAGUGGUGCAAUGUUGUUAGAUGGGAGUUCAAACAUCCACAGCCAUUCCUCCGAACUCGCGAGUUUUUGUGGCAGGAAGGCCACACAGCAUGGGCUGACAAGGCUUCAGCUGAAGAAGAGGUGUAUGCUAUUCUGGAGGAGUAUGCCAGAGUUUAUGAGGAGCUUCUUGCUAUACCCGUUGUACGUGGAAGGAAAACGGAGAAAGAAAAGUUUGCUGGAGGUGAUUUCACCACAACAGUAGAGGCAUACAUUGCUGCCAGUGGAAGGGCGAUUCAAGGUGCAACAUCACAUCAUUUAGGCCAAAACUUCUCCAAGAUGUUUGAGAUUGUGUUUGAAGACCCAGAGACGCAGCAGAAGCAGUAUGUUUACCAGAACAGUUGGGGUCUGACCACAAGGACCAUCGGUGUGCUGGCCAUGGUGCACGGAGACAACACUGGUUUGCUGCUGCCACCCCGUGUGGCCACUUUGCAGACCGUUAUUGUCCCAUGUGGUGUGACAGCUUCCAUGUCAGAGGCAGAUGCUAACCAGCUCUACGACAAGUGCUCAGAGGUGGCAAAGUCUCUCAAAGCAGCAGGGAUUCGCUCAAAGGCAGAUGUUCGAGACAACUACUCCCCGGGAUGGAAAUUCAAUCAUUGGGAAUUGAAGGGUGUUCCAGUGAGGAUUGAACUGGGACCACGUGAUCUCAAGCAGAACCAAGUUGUGGCUGUGAGGAGAGACUCAGGGGAGAAGAUCACCAUCUCUCUGGACAACCUUGCAGAUUCUCUAAAGAAGCUCAUGGAAACCAUGCAGGAUUCUCUGUUCAGCAAGGCAAAGAAGGAGCUUGAUGAGCAUUUGGCGGUGAGCCAUGACUGGAAUGACUUCUGUGAUCAGCUGGAUGCCAAGAAAUUGAUUCAAGCCCCAUUCUGUGGAGAACCACCCUGUGAAGACAAGAUCAAGAAAGACAGUGCCAGAGAUGCUGUUGUGGAGGAAGGAGCCCCAGCCAUGGGAGCUAAAGGUCUGUGUAUACCUUUCAAGCAGCCACAAGAGCUGAAGGCUAGCACCAAAUGCAUCAUGCCUGGAUGUUGCAAAGCACCCAAGUACUACACCAUGUUUGGCCGCAGUUAUUAAUUUCUUUGUUACUUGCUCACUGUUACUGUUACUAAGUUCAGCAUCUCAUUAUGGUUGAAAGUAACCAAGUGUCUUGUUUUUAACUUUUGCCCUUUAGUUUUGAUUUGGUUGUGGAACAUGGUUUUUUUUCUUUUUCUUUUCUGGUAUCUGUUUUGUCUUGUUCUUACCCCACCAAUUUACACAACGGUUGAUUUGAAGACUUCAUAAAAUAAGCAAUGAUUUUUUAAGUCAUGACGAUAAAGAUAAUUGGGUUUGAAACAAUUCUCCAUUCAAGAGAAAGUUUAUUCUUUUCGGCUCCAUCUUUUUUUUUAUCUGGUCUUCACUCCCUUUUUCUAUUGCAAUAGUAAGCUUAAGUUAAUUUUUAGUGCUGAGCAUGUAUUUUGUAACAUGCUGCUUUCCUUUGUUAGUGUUAGUUGUGUAGGCCUACAUGGUCCAUUUGUUAUAAACAACAUUGCUGCUCUCUGCAUGUUAAAACCACACAGUUCGUGUUGUCAUGAAUUGAGGAUAGUGCAAGCGAAAAUGCUUGGUAUCCUUUUCACUUUGUUACAGAAAGCGUAAUAAAAUGAAACUGUCAUUGCUUGUUUUAUUUAAAACCUUUGUUUUCUAGGAUACAUAAAUGAAUACUCUUUAUCAAUAAAAAUGAAUUGCACAAACUCAAGAUUGAUAUUGGAAAUUUCAGCUUGCAUCUCUAGCACAAGCAGUUUUCAAUGAGGGCUAAACAAUAAAUGAAUUGUCUGGUUUCUGUUUUUGGGAUCUCUGAUGUUUACCUACAUUUUGCUGCAGAAGGUUGAAUGCAGGUUAGAUGCUUUAUGUUUGUUUUAUUUGUUCGUGUACUUAAAAUAUUUCACUUUGACUUCUUUAAAUUAUGAAUAGAUAGCUCUUGAUCACUCUUUGUUUCAAAUAAACCAUGUCAAACAUCUAAA